GUUAUGCGAGCACACCAAACUGGUGAAGCCCCUCCAUCCCAAAGAAUCCCUCGGUAUAAUUAAGUGGAGGACGCUGGAUUUGGUUAAAGCGUUUAGGGAAAAAGCACUCAAUGAGCUUGAAUCUGAUCAGGUGGUUCCACGGCAACCAAAUGUUCAUGAUACCAAUAUGGUUUCUAGGAACAUAGAUAAUGGCGAUGCUGGAAUGUCAAGGGAAAAGAUUGGAAAUGAGAGGAGAAAUGGAUCAGGAAAACAUGGUAAUGGGACUGAACGUAGUAAGCGUAAAUAUGCAUUGGAGACUGGUAAAAAGGGGGAUUCAGCGAGGAUGGUAAGAACUCAGGAUAGUGUGCACACGGUGGAGGAUUUCUUUAAACAAGGCAGUGUGCACACGGAAUAUGGUGCCGAAAUUGCAUCACGGAUCAGUGAUAUUCGGGACAGUGGUCCUAGUAUUGAAAACAUCGGUAAUCCAACAGAACAUGAUCAGAAACCAAGGCUAAUUGGUGAGCUCCAUGAACAAAUAGCGAAGAUGAAGGACCAUAUGAAACAGAUUGAGGAGAUACAUGCGAGAGAAAUUGCAAUCAAAGACAAGAAGAUUGAAAGCUUGGAUGAAAGUGUUUUGGUCCUACUGAGUGAAAACAGUAAACUAUGGGAUCAACUUACGGAGACAGCAGUGCACGAAGUGACGCAAAAAUAUAGACCCAUGAAACCGGAGGAGCAAGAGCAUUCUAUGAUUACCCGUAUGAGAGCGAGGAUGAGGAAGGACACCCAAAAAGAAGAGUAUGAGUAUGGAUGUAAACGUAAGAGACCCACGUCAGAAUUGUCAAAAGUUGAUGCAGAAGUCGACCCCAAUGGAGUGAUCGAUGUUGAAAACUUCAUCGCAGGGCCGGAAAAGGGACCUUUUAAGACUAAACCGAUAAGAAACCUUAGGACAAACACAAUGCAUCGUCUACUCUCGAGCGAGGAGAAAGCUAAGAUUAAGAAAAUGUGGGAGGAAGCCUAUACUAGGUACCGUUGUGGGAUGUUCCGUGUUUGUUGAAGAUAUUCGGCAACUCAUUGUUGAUUCUGCGAUAUCAGGGAAUGUUAUUGAUGCGUAUGUUGAGAUCCUAUCAACUGAGCAAAGUAGUGUGGCAAAUCAGAUGCAGGGUGAUUGCACACAAGUGACGAACAAAACGGUUUAUGUAUCCACGUGUUGUUUCUUAAAAAAUCAAGGGGAAAAUUAUUGGAAAAGCGCUAGAGAUGGAUUGCUAACCACACAGGAUUGCGAACCCAUAGUGACAGUCCAAGACUGUCCCCAACAGGAAUAUAGUAGCCUCGACUGCGGUGUUAUUGUGUGUUAUAUCAUCCGGCAAUACUAUCGAAACGAUGAAAUCGCGCCGAUCCUAAGGAAAGCAGCAUGCCAAAAAAUUCGGUUUGAAAUAGUUAAAGCAUUCCUAAGUGGUUCGGCCCAUUUGAGGAGUUAGGAUGGUAGUAGAUGGUAUUCCCGACAUCGUCUUUGCUAACUUUUUGAACAUAGGAAGCUGUUAGUUGUUUAUGGAACCUU